AUGGCAGAAACGGACACGACUAUUGUGCUGGCUAUUGGGGACUCUCAAUUCGUCCUUGAACAGACAACAACUGUCGUAGCGCUCCCCGGGGGGCCGGAGCGAUUCAUCCCGGCAACAGCAGUCGACGGUGAUGGGGACCAUUUUGGCCACGCCGAGCUGGAGGAGGCCUGUAUCCGGUUCAGAAGCGCCGAUGAUGUCUGGACGGAAGCCUUUCUCGAAGUUCUCCUCCUCCAGUCCGUGGGCCCUCUUCAGUUGUCCGCGUCCAUUGAGCGCAAAUCGGUGCAGCUUCACGGCCUGAAAAACAGAGUGCCGAACGGUCCCUACGCCAUACAUUCUCCCUCCGGCAAGGUGUAUAGCCUUCUGAAGCUGUACGAGGACACCAGCAAUGCCUUCAUACGAGGUACUAUUCGCCCAGCUGGACACUCGAGAUACAAGUGGCUUCACAGCACCGAUCAUAUAGCCGUGCCAUCAAGGCUCUCUACUAAGGGUCCAGAUGCCCAGAUGCCGUUGCGCGGAUUGCGAUUCGCGGUCAAGGAUGCCAUUGACGUUGCUGGCCUGGAGACCGGCUGCGGAAGCUCUUGCUACCGGUCAUUCUAUCCACCUCAGGAGUCUUCCGCUGCAUUCAUCAAUCAACUGGUAUCUGCCGGCGCUGUUCUCGUGGGCAAAACGAGACUUGGUAUGUGGUGCGAUGGGCAAGAUCCUACGGAACGCCUAGAAGAGGUCACACCUACCAACCCUCGAGGAGACGGGUUUCAGAAACCUGGCGGCUCGAGUUCUGGCUCGGCUGCAGCGACGGCCAGCUACCCCUGGCUAGACUUUACGAUUGGGACGGAUACGGGGGGCUCAGUGCGGCAUCCUGCUGGACUCUGUGGCGUGUUCGGGAUGAGGCCCUCACACGGUAGUAACAACAGCUCGGGGCUUGUGUGUGCAGCAUCGAUGGACACACCUGGCAUUUUUGCCCGGUCUGUAGCCAUUACUCGGGAUGUUUCCAGAGUCAUGAUGGACCAGUCCUGGGACAAUUCCAUCGCCAAACCAGACAAGCUGCGUUAUAAGAUCUUGUAUGCUGUUGAAUCAGACUCGUCCGAGCCCAGCGAGACGCCGAGGUUCUUCUCAUCUCAACGACGGGGUCCCGAGGCAAACACUCCCGCUGGGCUCAUAUUGGAGAGCUUUGCACGGGAUUUGGAAAACCACCUGGGUUGCAAACGUCAGGAAGUUUGCCUCGACGACCUUUGGAUGAAAACUCGUCCAGAGGGUGCCCCAGAGAGCCUUGUUGAAGCAACGGGCACAAUCUACCAGACAGUGCUAUACUACGAACUCAUGCACGACGUCGUCCAACCAUUUAUAAAAGACUAUCAAGCUGCGAGAUCGCGCGCGCCCUUCAUCGAGCCCAUCACCAAGGCACGGUUGGACUAUGGAGCAGGAAUACCCAAGGCUGUUUAUGAACAAUCUGUCGCGGCCCUGAAAACAUAUGCCACGUGGGUCAAUGAAGUCCUUUUACCGCUUCCAUCAUCCGAGGACACAGAGGGCACGACAAUACCGCUGCUAGUUUACCCGCAGAGCUGGGGCAGGCCGCAGUAUAGGAAUGAUGGCCCAAGGCGGGCAGAGGGCAAUAUCUUUUGGAGUGGAGUUUCCACCUAUUCCAUCAGCUACUGCUCAGGCUGUCCUGAUGUAACAGUGCCCCUUGGCGAAACCGGCUUCCAAUCCAAGUUCACAGAAUCCCGGGAACAUCUUCCUGUGGCUGUUUCAGUUCUUGCGCCUCGGGGCAUGGACAAUGAGCUACUCAGCAUACUGGCGGACCUCGAAGCCAAAAAAGUACUGAAGCCUGUCCAGUGCGGAUCGCGGUUAUAUGCAGAAGGACAAUCCUCAUAG